UAUAAACAUAGUACUUCGGUCAGAUAUCAACAGAAAAAUGGCUACUUUGUGAAACAGAAACAAAUUCUUUGACGCAGCGAUUAAUACAGCUAUAACAGAAAAAUGGCGAAGAAUGUACUGAUGUCAGUUUGUUACAAUGGGGAUGAGGAGUUUGUUGACAUGCUUGAGAUUUCAUACAACACUGUCUGGACGGAUUUAGAGGCCAUGUUUAAGGCAAGACUUGACAGUGACAGGGUUAAUGUCAGUUACAUGGAUGUGGACAAUGACGAGGUUUCUAUUGGAAGUCAGGAGGAACUUUUUGAAGCAUUUAGGAUGGCAAUGAAGGUGAAGAACAUGUUACAAGUGAAAGUAAUGCCUCUAUCCCCUGAAACCCCAGUGUUUAGAAUGCCAGACGUGGAGGAUGAAGAGGAGGGACGUCCCCUCGAGGUACCGCAACAACAGGUCAUAGACAGGGAAGAUGGUAAGUCUUGUUUCUUGUUUUAUUGUCACCUUGAAGUGACAUUAUACCCAUCUAAGGUUUUAUUUGUUUGAUUGGUUUUUACCUCA